AUGUCCGCCUCAGAGGUAUCACUGUACUUGGACCCGCAGAUAAGAGACUGGGUGCUCUUCCCAAUCACUCUGGUUAUGAUUCUAGUGGGAAUUCUGCGACACUAUGUUGUGAUACUUCUCCAGUCGACACCACAAAAGCUCAGUAGAGCUGCUCUGCGAGAACAGCGAGCACUAACGAGGUCGCAAAUCCUAAGAGCGACGUCAACGAAAUCACUUCUUCCUCCGUCCUACUACACUUCGAUAUCCCGGCACCUCUCCCAAGCAUUCGAGUCGGGCAAAUACCUUAAGGAUGGACCACCGAAACCCGGGGACGCGCCCGCUUCACCUCUCAACCCCAUGACGGACCCCGCUGCAAUGGACGGGAUGAUGGCUGGUAUGAAAACGCAAAUGGUGAUGAUGGUACCGCAGAUGGUUAUUAUGGGAUGGAUAAACUUUUUCUUCCAAGGUUUCGUGCUAAUCAAACUCCCCUUCCCUCUGACGCUGGGCUUCAAGUCCAUGCUCCAACGUGGUAUCGAGACGCCUGAGAUGGACGUGCGCUGGGUGUCUUCGCUGUCUUGGUAUUUUCUUAACUUCUUUGGGCUUAACGGACUUUAUCGCCUGAUUCUGGGCGGCGAAAAUGCGGCCGACUCUUCGCGUGAUAUGAUGGCCACGCCGUUCAACACGACGGCAGCUGCGGGUCCCGGGCAGGAUUUCGCGAAAUUAUUCAAGGCUGAGCGCGAUAACCUCGAGCUCGCGGAGGGGCUGUAUUCUUGGGCCGGGGCGGGAGUAGAGGAACGCGUGCUCCGUAAAUACGGCAAACUACCUCCACAAUAA